CGCCGGGAAAUGUAGUCCCUCGGGGGCGGCCCGGGGCGGUGGCCGCACGUCCCGCGGACCCGGUGGCCCAUCGGGCGUGGACCCGGCAUGGCGGGGCCGGGUGGCUCGGGCGGCCCGAUCGGGACCGGGGCCCUGGCCGGUGGCGCGCGGUCCAAGGUGGCCCCGAGCGUGGACUUUGACCACAGCUGCUCGGACAGUGUCGAGUACCUGACGCUCAACUUCGGGCCCUUUGAGACAGUGCAUCGUUGGCGGCGCCUCCCGCCUUGCGACGAGUUCGUGGGGGCCCGGCGCAGCAAGCACACAGUGGUGGCCUAUAAAGAUGCCAUCUAUGUAUUUGGUGGAGACAAUGGGAAGACGAUGCUCAACGACCUCCUUCGUUUCGACGUGAAGGACUGCUCCUGGUGCAGGGCCUUCACCACUGGGACCCCUCCUGCUCCCCGCUACCACCACUCGGCCGUCGUCUAUGGCAGCAGCAUGUUCGUCUUUGGGGGCUACACUGGGGACAUUUAUUCCAAUUCUAACUUGAAGAAUAAAAAUGAUCUCUUUGAGUACAAGUUUGCAACUGGCCAGUGGACGGAGUGGAAAAUUGAAGGACGGUUGCCAGUCGCUAGGUCAGCCCAUGGCGCCACAGUGUACAGUGACAAGCUGUGGAUCUUUGCCGGCUAUGACGGCAACGCCAGGUUGAACGACAUGUGGACCAUCGGCCUCCAGGACCGGGAUCUAACGUGCUGGGAGGAGGUGGCCCAGAGCGGCGAGAUCCCGCCCUCCUGCUGCAACUUCCCAGCAGCCGUCUGCAGGGACAGGAUGUUUGUCUUCUCAGGCCAGAGCGGGGCCAAGAUAACGAACAAUCUCUUCCAGUUCGAGUUCAAGAACAAGACCGUGAACACACAUCACAGGUGGACACGCAUCCCCACCGAGCACCUGCUCCGGGGCUCUCCGCCGCCCCCGCAGCGGCGCUACGGGCACACCAUGGUGGCCUUUGACCGCCACCUUUACGUGUUUGGGGGCGCAGCUGACAACACACUCCCCAACGAGCUGCACUGCUACGAUGUGGACUUCCAGACCUGGGAGGUCAUUCAGCCCAGCUCGGACAGUGAGGUCAGUGGAGCCGAAAUGCCCGAGCGAGCAUCUGCUUCCGAGGAGGCACCUGCCCUGGGCUCUGAGGAGCGGGGCAGCUGCAAGAAGUCCCGGGAUGUGUUUGGCCUGGACUUUGGCAGCACCACCACCAGGCAGCCCACCCUGCCAGCCUCAGAGCUGCCCAGCGGAAGGCUCUUCCACGCGGCUGCCGUGAUCUCCGACGCCAUGUACAUCUUCGGGGGCACCGUGGACAACAAUAUCCGCAGCGGGGAGAUGUACAGGUUCCAGUUCUCCUGUUACCCCAAGUGCACGCUGCACGAGGACUAUGGGCGGCUGUGGGAGAGCCGCCAGUUCUGCGACGUGGAGUUCGUGCUGGGUGAGAAGGAAGAAUGCGUGCAGGGCCACGUGGCCAUCGUCACGGCACGCAGCCGCUGGCUCCGCAGGAAGAUCGUGCAGGCGCGGGAGCGGCUGACCCAGGUGAGGGCCGCCCGCCGCCUGGGCAGAGGCUUCCGUGGGGUGUUCUUGAGCGCCCCUUCCUCUGCCCACAGAAGCUGGAGGAGGAGGUGGCCCCGGCACUCAGGGAGGGCCCCGCUGGGGCCGCGGGUGGGGCCCGGCCACCCCUGCUGCGUGUGGCUAUCCGCGAGGCCGAGGCACGGCCCUUCGAGGUGCUCAUGCAGUUCCUCUACACAGACAAGAUCAAGUACCCGCGGAAAGGUCGGCCUGCGCCGCGGGCGGGAGGGAACGGGAUGGGGUGUGGCCACCCUGGCAGGGGGUGGCCGGGGUCUCCGAGGCUUCACCCCACCUGUGGCUGAGCCACCUCGUUGCGGAGGGAGCCCGGGCACCCCCCCCAACGCCCCGCCAGAGGCUCAGGGGUUCUUGGGCACAGGCCACGUGGAGGACGUGCUGCUCAUCAUGGACGUGUACAAGCUGGCACUGGGCUUCCAGCUGUGCCGCCUAGAGCAAUUGUGUCGUCAGUACAUCGAGGCCUCCGUGGACCUGCAGAACGUGCUGGUCGUGUGUGAGAGCGCUGCCCGGCUGCAACUGGGCCAGCUCAAGGAGCACUGCCUGAACUUCGUGGUGAAGGAGUCCCACUUCAACCAGGUGAUCAUGAUGAAGGAGUUCGAGCGCCUCUCAUCUCCUCUGAUCGUGGAGAUUGUGCGGCGGAAGCAGCAGCCGCCUCCCCGCGCCCCCUCGGACCAGCCCGUGGACAUCGGCACGUCUCUGAUCCAGGACAUGAAGGCAUACCUGGAGGGGGCGGGCGCGGAGUUCUGUGACAUCACGCUGCUGCUGGAUGGGCACCCGCGGCCAGCCCACAAGGCCAUUCUGGCAGCCCGCUCCAGCUACUUUGAGGCCAUGUUCCGGUCCUUCAUGCCCGAGGACGGCCAGGUGAACAUCUCCAUUGGGGAGAUGGUGCCCAGCAGGCAGGCCUUCGAGUCCAUGCUGCGCUACAUCUACUACGGCGAGGUCAACAUGCCGCCCGAGGACUCGCUCUACCUGUUCGCGGCGCCCUACUACUACGGCUUUUACAACAACCGGCUGCAAGCGUACUGCAAGCAGAACCUGGAGAUGAACGUGACGGUGCAGAACGUGCUGCAGAUUCUGGAGGCAGCAGACAAGACGCAGGCGCUGGACAUGAAGCGGCACUGCCUCCACAUCAUCGUGCACCAGUUCACCAAGGUCUCCAAGCUGCCCACACUGCGCUCGCUGAGCCAGCAGCUACUGCUGGACAUCAUCGACUCCCUGGCCUCCCACAUCUCAGACAAGCAGUGCGCAGAGCUGGGUGCCGACAUAUGAGGGCCCACGUGGUGCUGCCCGCCCUGCCUCGCCCACUGCAAAGACUGUGCUGGCCACGUUCGGGCCUGCGGCCGAGGGGUCGUGUGCCCAGGGCCUCCGAAGGGAGCUGAGUGGGGGACUCCAAAUGCCUCAUCUCACUGUUGAGGACACAGGUCCCACAGGAAGCAGACGGUGAAGCGGGAUCCUGGCUGGCACCCUCUCCCAGGGUGGAGGUGUGGGUGGGAAGCCAGGGCUUAGUGGUGAGGACACUGCAGGAGGAGGCAGGGGCCUGGCCAGGGCCCAGUGAGGGAGAUGAGCCCACCAGGGAGCUGGCUUUGGGCUCCCUACACAGCAGGGACCCAGCAUGGCUUGUGCAUCCAGCCACUGGGUCAUGUUGCCAAGACCCCUCAAUGUGGGGGCCGCACAGCACCCCCAGACCCUCAUCAAGGUUGGUGUAAGGGUUUCCUCCUGCCACCCAGAACUUGGGUAGAUGGAGUCCAACUCCAGGUGAAUUUUGAGGUGUGAAGGGCCCUAAGGUCAGCUCCCAGCCUGCAGGGUCAGCCACUGCGGACUGGGCCAGACAUCCAGAGGGGCUGUGGGAUCCCACCCACCUGUGUGUGCGUGGGGGCCCUGGGCUGCUCCAGAGAGAAGUCAGAGAUGCCCCAGGCCCGCAUCUGUCCCUAAGUAUUUAUUGUCAUAGGCUUGCCUCCAUUAAAGCCACAGCAGUCCUACCUGCACCCAAACCUCACUGCGCAGUCCCCACCGGUGGCUCCAGCCCUCCAUCCUCCUGGAGCUGAAGCUGGGCCAUGUGGCCCGAUGGCUCAGGAUAAGCCAGUCUUGCCUGGUUCUGUUCAUGCCAGCAGCUCUCCACCCCCACCCAGGGUGCCCCAGUCACAUAGUGGGAGGGCUGGUGGGAGGAAUGCAGGCCAGCCUCUGGCCCCUCCCCACCUGAGGGGAGCCCUGGGGGCCCGGAGCUGGCUCUCCUGGCUCCUGGGCUGCCCUGUAGGCUCCUGCCUGCACUGAGAAACUGAGGACAGGCCACUGAGUCCUUCCCUGUCCCGACAGAAGGUGCCAAGUCCACCCCAGUGGGGAAGGCACCAUUCUGCUCCUCUUCUGGGAACAAGAACCCUUCUGCCCUGGUUGCCAGGAAGCCACUUUGGGGGAAACACAGUCUCUCUCCUGAGCCUUAGAGCUUGUUUCCUGCCUCUAGUUGUGCCCCACGUAAACGCAGCAUCUGCCACUCCUCAGGCCUUGCUGAGAAGCCCCAGGUGGACAUUCUUAGGCAAGGGGUGCUCACCUGUAGGCCCAGCAAGCUAGGAAAUGGCCUGUGCAAGGUGCACCUCGGCCGGCCCGCAGGCUUGGGAACCACCUGUGACCUUGCCCUCUGUGUCUGCCUCCUGUAAUGGCCAUUUGACUGUGCAUAACGUGAAUAAACGAAGUUUCACUCCAA